AGGGCGCAGUAGAGGCCACUGCCACGAAGAAAAAGCGCAAGCCGAGGAAGAAAAGCGGAGCAGGGGCGGGAGCAGCAGCAAAUGGCGAAGCAGCUAACGGGGAAGCAGCAGCAGCAGCAGCAGCAGCAGCAGGAGCGGCAGUAGCAGCGCCACCAUCAGCAGCAGCAGCAGGUCCCAAAGUGCAAACGGACCCUCCCAGCGUGCCUGUGAAGGACCUCUUUCCUGAUGGGCUGUUCCCACAGGCGGAGAUAUGUGACUAUAAGGACGACAAUCUGUGGCGCAAGACGAGUGCGGAGAAGAGGGAGCAGGAGCGCCUGGAGUUCCCCAUUGUCAACGACCUCCGACAGGCCGCUGAAGUGCACCGCCAGGUGCGCAUGUACAUGCGGCGGGUGAUCAAGCCGGGCAUGCUGAUGACGGACCUGUGUGAGACGCUGGAGGACACGGUCAGGCGCCUCAUUGCUGCCAACGGGCUGCAGGCCGGCAUCGCAUUCCCCACUGGCUGCUCCCUCAACUGGGUGGCGGCUCAUUGGACACCCAAUUCAGGCGACAAGACAGUGCUGCAGUAUGAUGACGUCAUGAAGCUCGACUUUGGCACACACAUUGGAGGCCGCAUUGUGGACUCGGCGUUCACAGUGGCAUUCAACCCGCAGUACGACCAGCUCCUGGAGGCAGUGAGGGAGGCCACCAACACGGGAGUGAGAGAGUGCGGCAUCGACGUGCGGCUGUGCGACGUGGGGUGCGCCAUCCAGGAGGUCAUGGAGUCGUAUGAAGUCACCAUCAACGGCAAGACCUACCCUGUGAAGGCCAUUCGCAACCUGAACGGGCACAGCAUCGGGCCGUACCAGAUCCACGCAGGCAAGAGCGUGCCCAUCGUGAAGGGCGGCGAGGCCACGCGCAUGGAGGAGGGCGAGCUGUUUGCCAUCGAGACAUUUGGCUCCACUGGCAAGGGCUACGUGCGCGAGGACCUCGAGUGCUCGCACUACAUGAAGAACUUUGACGUGGGGCACGUGCCUCUCAGGCUGCCACGUGCCAAGCAGCUAUUGGCCACAAUAGACCGCAACUUUGGAACUCUGGCGUUCUGCCGGCGCUAUUUGGACCGCCUGGGGGAGACUAAGUACCUCAUGGCGCUCAAGAACCUGUGUGACGCGGGAGUGGUGCAGCCGCACCCCCCCCUGUGCGAGACCAAGGGCAGCUAUGUGGCACAGUUCGAGCACACCCUCGUUCUGCGCCCCACCUGCAAGGAGGUGCUCUCACGAGGGGAAGACUUUUAGAGACGUUCAGGCUUCCAGGCUUGUAGACUUCUAGACUUUUCCUUAGCCAGGUUAUCGAUCGCUGUGCGUAAGACAGGCAAGCAAGCACAUCUCCCUUGCUGCGGGCGAGCAUGCUUGAAGCUUGCUCUUCAAGUUGAGACUUUCACAAGGGUGCAGUUCCAAUUUGUUUCAUCUUGCAGGCAGGGGUGAAUGCCACGCGUGUUAGAAUGCCAGUUGUAGUGGGACGGAAGCAAGCCCGUAACAAGUGAGGGUUCUGAAGAGUGCGUACAUUGUACUAUUCCAUGUCCAGAGAAUCGUUGCAAACGACUGUG